AUUUUCGAUCCUCAAAGAAGCAUUGCAUUUGUCAGAUAAGCCUUCUUUCUCAUUGAGAUUGCCCUUCAGUUUGCGGGGAUGGGUUUGUGGACAUUGCUAGAGGGCUUUUUGCUUCUCGUGAAUGCGCUGGCGAUACUGAACGAGGACCGGUUUCUUGCCCCUAGAGGAUGGAGCUUCAACGAGGUUACGGGUGGUGCGAGAGUGAAGUCAUUGAGGGGACAACUUAUAGGGCUCAUAUAUGCUACACAAUAUUUGAGAGUUCCACUCAUUGUCCUCAAUACAAUCACUAUCCUUGUUAAGUUAGUCUCAGGUUAACAUGAAGUAAAAGUUUCAUUGCA